AUGGAAACUGACAUAAACAUUCCAAAAACAAAAGCUGUUAAUGUUUUCUUUUAGUUUGCUAGAAUGCAAUUCUACUUAACUGUUUUUUCUAAUUUGUUACCUAUUAUAAUAAGUUAGACAAAUUAAGUUUGUUCAAAUGAGGGAAUAAAAUUGAUUGCUUUAAGUUACAAGGGUGACAUAGUUCUUUUAAUUCUAAAUUUAAUAUCGCUUCUAUUUAUAUGGCUUAAAGAACCAUUUGCAAGGUAUUGUAUUAAUUAAUGCACCAGACUUGAAUUUUUUGUAAUGUAUGCAAUUAACAUCUGUUGGAGUGGGAUUAUGAUUGGUUAGACAUAUUUAGAUGUAACGACAUAGCCAAAUGAAUGUGAAGGUGUUAUCCUAUCACAAAAAUUGAUUCUGUUUUUCCACCUGAAAACCCAUCUAGAAGUUUUAUUCACCUUAUUUUCUCCAAUAUUGUUUGCUUUCAGAAUCACAAAUUUACCAAAUUCAUUUUAUGCAAUUUAUCUAAUAUUGACAGCAAAUUAAUAAUAAUAAUUGUGUUCAAGAGACAUCCCUAAUAUUGAGUUUGGAUUGAUAUUUGUAGCAUUAAUUUCUUGUUUAAUUGGGUUACCUCUAAAUAUUGGAUUGUUUUGCACAAAAAAAGUGACUAUUCCAAAUUUGUUUCGAUUUUUACUAAUGUUGACAAUAAUAGGUUAGAGUGGACUUAUAGCCCUUAUUUAUCAGGCUGAUGCUGAUCUUAGAUCUGAAUGCAGUCCAACUCAUUUGCUGUUUAGGUCUUAUUUCUAUAUUAUUCCGAUUACUAUUUUGAGUGCUUUAAGCUUAUUGUUCUCAAUGCCAGUCCAGGAUCAUGAUGAAAUAAGAUAACUACUAAUUCAGGCUAGAUUGAAACCUUUAAAAGCAUAAUUACCUGUUUAAUAGGAUUUUACUAAACCAUAAGUCUAAUAAUAAUAAUAGGAGGAAAUCUUAAAUAGAUCUGCAAUAGAUGGAGGAAAAUCCCAAAUUGGGGCUAAGUCCUAAGUUGGAGCUAAAUCAUAAUAUGGAACUAUAAGUAGAAGAGGAUGA